AAAUCGUUGAGCCCGGGCAUUAGGGAUUCGAUCACGGCCCGCUAUUGUAAAGCUUCUGGCCCAAAUAAAAAUACCAUCUGAGCGUCCAGGCGGUCGACGCUCCUAGCUUCGUUCCGUCGCUCCGAAUCGGGGAAGAAAUGGGCCAUCUUCGUGGCCUCGCGCAGUUGACGGGUCCGCCGGCCGGCGUCGGGCUCAUCGUCGCCCCAACUCGCUUCUCGGCGCUCUGCUACUCUCGUCCUCCCUCCGUCGUUUUCCCUGCCCCGUUAGGUCGCCGGUGCUACCCCUCUCGGCCAAAAGUGGUUCUUUUGUCCCGCCGGCGGAGCCUUUUCGCAAUUAAAGGAUCAGAUAUGACUUCAGAGUUGGAGCUGGCAAAGCCUGAUGGGAGUAGAGGACAAAACCGGCCCGCCAGUGGAGUAUUCUGGAUACUACUGCUUAACCUCGGUAUUUAUGUGGCAGACCACAUACUUCAGAUUCGGGAGAUCAAAAUCCUGUAUCUGUAUCAUGGCUUGCCAGCGUGGUUCCAGUUUGUGACAGCAACAUUUUGCCAUGCUAGCUGGAACCACCUCUCUAGCAACCUAUUUUUCUUGUAUAUAUUUGGAAAACUAGUAGAGGAGGAAGAAGGGAAUUUUGCAUUGUGGAUAUCAUACAUUCUUACUGGUGCUGGAGCUAACCUUGUUUCAUGGUUACUUCUCCCAAGAUCUGCAGUAUCGUUAGGAGCUUCUGGUGCAGUCUUUGGACUAUUUGCAAUAAGCGUCCUAGUUAAGAUGUCAUGGGAUUGGAGGAAAAUCAUUGAAGUUCUUAUCCUUGGUCAGUUUGUAAUUGAUAAGGUCAUGGAAGCUGCACAGGCUUCGACAAACCUGACAGGGACAUUUGGGAGAGGCUCUUUCAUGGCAGUCAAUCACAUUGCCCAUCUCUCUGGUGCUCUCAUUGGGGCUGCUUUGGUUUUGCUUGUGAGUCGCAUUCCUUCUCAACCCUAUCAGAAAGACAUCGAGUCUGUUAGACAUGAGAACAAACGACCUUGAGACAUCUCCUGUAAAAACAGUUGGAAGUUGACUCUACUGUAGGUUUUAUAGAUACGUAUGAAUUGAUGUUUGGAAAUUGGAAUAGGCAUCUCUUACUCUAACCGGCCCCC